GCUUCUCUUCCCGCCGAGCCAUGAAACCCUCGUCUCUCCAAACCCUCAAGGCCCCGAUCCGAUCCAAACCGAAGGAGAAUUCCCAUUCCCAUUCCCAAUCGAAGCGAUCCGAUUCCAAUCCAAUCGAAGCAACAAAGCCCCCAAAGAUCGUCGCCAAAAGCCUCGCCUCCACCUUCUCCACCAUCUCCGACGAGAUGACCGCCGAUCCAUCAAAACCCACCGCCCCCGUCACCGAUCCGGAUAUACUCGCUGCGGAUCCACUCGAGGCCUCGAUCAUCGCUGCAGCUGAUAACAAGAAAGAACCGAUCGCAAUGGAUACGCCGGCGCUGAAUCCCGAAGAAGAGAUCGGGAGUUCUGAGGUAGUGAAGGAGGUCACGAUCGUCGAAGAGGUUGGAGGGAAACAGGGCUGGUCUUCAGAUCCGGUGACCUUGAUGAAUCUGAGCAUCUGGAUCGUUUUCAUACUAACUUUGGCUGUGACGGCGGUGGGCUGGUUGCUCUGGUGGAGUGCUGAAUGGGAAGAGGAAUGCUGCUCCGUUUUGCACCCAACUUGAUCUCACGAACCCCUAGAGAUACGUAUUCUCUACAUAUCAUACAGUAUACAUACACCACUCGUAGUUUCUUGGUAUUACUACAUGAACUCGUAUAGCGAUACGUUCUAGUAUAGAUACUAUGAUAACUGUCGUAGUUUACACUGAAUUUUUAGUCUACCAUUGAA